AUAGUCCGGUACAAGCGAUUUGUUCAGGUGUGACAGGUAAUGACCAUACGAGAGACAAUGAAAAAACCGCAAAGCAAUCACAAUAUUUCCUGUGUGUUUAUUUUGAUGUGCAUGGUGCAUAUUCAGUAUGCAUUCGGUGCAAAUCUAUCUCAACUGAGGGUUAGUGAUUGGUGGGAGAAAGCCGGGUUUUAUCAAAUUUAUCCGCGCUCCUACAAGGACAGCAAUGGUGAUGGCAUCGGCGAUCUCAACGGAAUAACUGAAAAGCUGCCCUAUCUUAAAUCUAUCGGAAUCAAGGCUUUCUGGUUGUCACCCAUUUAUAAGAGUCCGAUGGCCGAUUUCGGUUAUGACAUUUCCGAUUUCCGGGCUAUACAGCCAGAGUACGGUACGAUGGCGGACUUCGACAAUAUGGUUAAGAAAAAGAACGAGCUUGGAUUGAAACUAGUUCUAGAUUUCGUUCCCAAUCAUUCAAGUGAUGAGCACGAAUGGUUCAAAAACAGUGAGCGCAAUGUGUCAGGGUACGAGGAUUAUUACGUAUGGCAUAGCGGAAAACCGGGUGGUGAUCCAAAUCGAAACGAUCCACCGAAUAAUUGGGUAGAAGCCUUUCGUGGCAGUGCCUGGCGAUGGAGUGAAACACGGAAGCAGUACUAUCUGCACCAGUUCCAUUAUAAACAGCCAGAUCUCAACUAUCGUAAUCCCCAGGUGGUUACCGAAAUGAAAAACGUUCUUAACUUUUGGUUGGAUAAGGGAGUUGACGGUUUUCGCAUAGAUGCAGUUCCAUGGUUGUUUGAGAAUCCCAACCUAAACGACGAACCUGUAUCGGGAAAUUCAGAUGAUCCAUUACGACCAGAAUAUCUCAAUCACAUUUACACACAGGAUUUACCAGAAACCGUUGAUAUGGUAUACCAGUGGCGCGAGCUUAUGGAUGAAUACAAAAAAAAGAACGGCGGGGACACGCGAGUUCUUAUGACCGAGGCAUGGUCAGGUCUGGAUAUUGUUAGUACUUAUUUCCAAGAUCAAAACAAACGUCAAGGUUCGCAAAUGCCGUUCAACUUCCAGCUAAUUAUGCGCUUGGACCAGAAUUCCAAAGCAGCUGAUUUUAAAACCGUUAUUGAUUCAUGGUUGAAUACUGUACCUGUAGGUCACAUACCAAACUGGGUUCUCGGAAAUCACGACAAACGACGCGUAGCAUCUCGAAUGGGAGGAGAACACAUGGUUGAUCUGAUGGAACUGGUCGAAUUAUCGCUGCCGGGUGCAACGGUUACUUACCAAGGCGAGGAAAUCGGUAUGACAGACUACGAACUAACUUGGGCGGAGACCAAAGAUCCGGCCGCCUGUCAAACCUCUCCAGAUGAUUACCAAACGUAUACCAGAGAUCCCGCACGUACUCCGUUUCAUUGGAACAACGGAACAAUGGCAGGUUUUACGACUGGCUCCUCCUCUUGGCUUCCUAUAAAUCCGAAGUACACUACAGUCAAUGUGGAGAGUGAAUUAAAUGCUACCAAAAGCCACAUCAAAGUGUUUAAACGACUUAUGGAACUACGCGAUAAGGAUGAUUUCCAUAAUGUUGAAUAUGGAACUGGCACGCUGGGAGAUAACGUGUUUGCGAUUUUACGUUCUGGACCCGUGAGCUCAUCUAAGCCCACGAUUUAUGUCACAUUGGUUAAUCUAGCUAACCAGCAAGAGAAAGUAAACGUUCAAAAUCUGUUCCAAAGCUUUUCAGUUUCAUCCGUGAAUCAGCUUCGCGUCGAAGUGGCUAGUGUUUCGUCCAAAAGAUCUGAAGGAGACUCUGUGAGUUCAGAAAAUGUGGAAUUACUACCGUAUGAGGGUCUAGUUUUGAUUAGUGCUGGAUCAGCUUUAAUUCUCAGUAAAAUUAUAGUUCUGAUGGUAGUAAUAAAAAUGUUCUUUUUGCAUUAAGUUACAUGUACACAAACAUUGCCAUUGAAUAUAUGAAUAAAUUACAUUUAAGUUA